GCCGGAACUAGUCUUAACCUCGCUAUCUUCCUUGUCUGUUCACGGAUCCUUCUUCUCCUUCCUUUAAAGUUGUAUGCUAUUCCUCUGUUUGCUGCGGAACAGUUUGAACAGCCUUCGUUUUCUAGAUCUGAUGAACCUUUGGUAGAUCUGUGGGCGUGAGCGGUGUCUCCAGGUGGUGUAUAAGGUUUCACCUUUGUCCGGUCUCCGUCUGCGUCUCUGAUCAAGGUAAAGUUUCAACCUUUGUGGUUCUCCUGUUAUGUCGUGGUUGUUCACAACCUGUUUAGAGUGGUUCUGCGACAGUUUGGGAGGGUUGAACCCGGUUAGUCUCUCAUGGAUUUUUGGGUUGCCUUAACUAAUCUUUGAUUCAGCAACGGUAUAGCAGUGUCAUGGUUGUGUGUGGUGAGCAGGUGAAGGUCAUGGUCCUUAAGAUGAAGAUGGUUUUAGGUUACCUCUCCCGGCUACGAAGGUCCCUUUUUCACCUUGAAUAAGUGUUCUUCUUGGGUGCUUCUAAUCUCCGUGUUUCCUCUGUGGCUUCGUAUGGUGAAGCAAUAUAACAAGGUGGAGGCGUGAAGAUCUCCAGAUGAAGGUGCGGUUGAGGUGGACCUUAUCUCGAGUGUUGUCUCUUCACGGUUUUGUGCCUUAGUGUAGGCGUUGUGGUUUGGUAGUCGUCAUCGUGAACAUGUGGUUCAGAUGAAGUCUUGAUGGUUCAGGCAUUGUCAUUGUGAACUUGAGGUUCAAAUGAAGUCUCUGCUCUUCCGGUUGCGUGCUAUCUUGCUUAGUUCAUGAACACCACAAACACAUCGCCACUUGUUCACUAUAUCCUCUUCAUCCAAAGAAAAACACAUUCACCACAACCCCGUGAUGACCUGAUCCGUUUCUCCACAGUUCUUGUAUCAUCUCCAUCCCUCACUAUCUUCAAAGAUUCAAGUCAUCCUCAAAACAGAGCACGUCUUCCGAAACCGAUCAUCAUCAUCAUCAUCAUCAUCAAUUCGGGUCUUUGAUCCCUAGACUCGGUAGGAAGUAUCGAUCGUUGAGCUUUGAUUCGGGUCUCCUCUUGAUCGUUAAUCAGAGAUUCGAGUCCCCGACGAGGUUGGUUAUGGCAACCUCUGCCUUAAACUCCGACAAAAAGAUCGUCACCGGUCCAGCCGGUUACGUUCUCGAAGACGUUCCUCAUUUCUCCGAUUACAUCCCAAACCCUCCUACAUAUCCAAAUCCAUUACAGGACAACGCUGCUUACUCUGUUGUUAAGCAGUACUUCGUUGAUGAGGAUGACACAGUUCCUCAAAAGGCGAGCAGGACCACGUCAAAGGGUAUACUUUGAUUCAGAUGAUGUUGUUGCUUGCAUUGUUACAUGCGGUGGCCUGUGUCCAGGUCUUAAUACUGUGAUCAGAGAGAUUGUUUGUGGAUUGUCUUACAUGUAUGGUGUCAAGAAAAUCCUCGGAAUCGAGGGAGGUUACAGAGGAUUCUACGCAAGGAACACGAUUGAUUUGGACUUAAAAACAGUGAAUGAUAUUCACAAACGUGGAGGAACCAUCCUCGGGACUUCAAGAGGGGGUCACGACACUACAAAGAUAGUUGAUAGUAUUCAAGAUCGUGGGAUUAACCAGGUUUAUAUAAUUGGUGGAGAUGGAUCACAGAAAGGAGCGGCUGCUAUAUUCGAGGAGAUUAGAAGACGUGGACUCAAAGUUGCUGUUGCUGGGAUCCCCAAAACAAUCGACAAUGACAUUCCUAUUAUAGAUAGAUCGUUCGGGUUUGACACAGCUGUAGAAGAGGCUCAACGUGCUAUUAACGCAGCUCAUGUGGAAGCUACAAGCUUUGAGAAUGGUAUUGGUCUUGUCAAGUUAAUGGGACGUUAUAGUGGAUUCAUUGCGAUGUAUGCAACACUAGCGAGCAGAGAUGUGGACUGUUGCUUGAUCCCGGAGUCUCCAUUUUUUCUUGAAAGCAAAGGCGGUCUUUUCGAGUUUAUCGGUAAACGGCUAAAGGAGAAUGGUCACAUGGUGAUUGUGAUCGCAGAAGGCGCUGGACAAGAUCUUUUGUCUGAAAGCAAUGAACAGUCCACAACUCUCAAAGAUGCCUCUGGAAACAAACUCUUACAGGACGUGGGCCUAUGGAUCUCCCAACGGAUCAAGGAUCAUUUUGCCAAGAAGAUGACCCUAAACCUCAAAUACAUAGAUCCAACCUACAUGAUAAGGGCUGUUCCGAGCAAUGCAUCAGACAAUGUAUGCUGCACGCUAUUAGCUCAAAGCGCGGUUCAUGGAGUGAUGGCUGGUUACAAUGGCUUCACCGUUGGCCUUGUCAAUGGCAGACAUACUUACAUUCCCUUCUACAGGAUCACGGAGAAACAGAACAAAGUGGUGAUCACUGACAGAAUGUGGGCGAGGCUUUUGUCUUCAACAAACCAGCCUAGUUUCAUGAAGCACGAUGAUAUUCACGAACCAAACCAUUCGGGUGGUGAAGCAGGUGCCAUGAAUUGGUGAAACAACUCUCGUCUGAAAACAUUUGUUUGAAAAGAAAGUAACGUUUCUUUAUUUUGAUAGAAGCUUCUCAAAAUGUUUUAUAAUCUUUCUUCAAGCAAAAGAGAAGAGAUAUACAUUUCCUCCUUGGAAAGAGAGUUCAUACGGUUAUAUAAUUGCGAUAAAUAAUGUACUAAACUUAUGGUUUGAUCUUUGCUCUUACCAAACUGUAAUUUACACUUAUAAGCACAAAUCUAUAAGGAAAUGUUUUGGUUCAA